CCAUUUCAAGUUGGAAAACGUAAGAGUCAGUCUCACCACACCGUUACGUCGUUAACUCAGCACGAGACGCAGCCAAUAAUAAAAUCACCAAGGAUGAUGAACGUUCUUUGUGGAGUGAUAAGGAAAUAAAUGUCUACCAAGAUUAAGAAUCAAAGCAGAAUGCAGACUACGGGAAAAGUAUUGAGUGUGCUUCAUAGAUUGAUUGAAAUAAUUGCUAGAAGAAUAUAUCUGUUCAUUGCAAUUCUGAAAGGUCCCGCCCAAUCUCAACCACCUAUAAAGGACUUAACACUUCUACAUAGUGCAACUACUUUAGCCUUUAAAAUUCGCAAUAAGCAGCUGACUUCAGAAAAUGUAGUACAAUCAUACAUAGAUAGAAUAAGAGAAAUUCAACCAGUGCUAAACUGUGUAGUAGAGGAACGCUUCGAAGAAGCUCUCAAAGAGGCAAAGAAAUGUGAUGAACUUCUGAAAUCUAAGGAUGCUCCAUCUCCUCAAACUUUAGCAGAAGAAAAGCCUUUCUUUGGAGUGCCUUUCACAACAAAGGAUUGUAUUGCAAUUGCUAACAUGAAGCAAACUGCUGGUUUAGUUGUUCGUAAAAAAUUUGUUGCCAAGCAUGAUGCAGACGUUGUAAAAUUGAUGAAAACUGCAGGGGCCAUACCUUUGGCAACAACAAACGUUUCAGAAUUGGCAAUGUGGUGGGAAACCAGUAAUUCCAUAUAUGGUACUACGAAAAAUCCUUACAAUACUAGGCAUAUAGUCGGGGGAUCUUCUGGUGGGGAAGGUUGCCUACAAGCAGCCGCUGGCUCACCAUUAGGAAUAGGAUCAGAUAUUGGUGGUUCUAUUCGCAUGCCAUGCUUUUUCAAUGGUGUUUUUGGACACAAACCUUCUGAGGGAAUAGUUUCCAAACAUGGUCAGUAUCCAAGUGCUCACAGCGAUGAACAGGAUAGGCUGCUUUCAGUUGGUCCAAUGUGUAGGUAUGCUCAAGACCUGAUGCCCACUUUGAAAGUUCUUGCGGACAAGAACGUGGAUAAAUUGCGAUUAGAUGGCAAAGUAGAUAUUUCAAAAAUCGAGUUCUAUUACAUGGAAGACGACGGCGGUCAAUUCUUAACAUCACCGGUAGACGUGGAAAUAAGAGACGCUAUGAGGGGGGUAGUUCGUUAUCUCGAGAAAGCGCACAAAACCAAGGCGACCAAACUCAGUAUUAGAAAAAUGAAGAAAAGCAUUGCACUGUGGAUGGCGAACAUGAGUUGCAAGGAUGAGAAAGACUUCACGUAUGAAUUGUCGAACAGAAACGGUCACAUAAAUCUCUGGUGGGAGUUUAUAAAAUGGGCAAUGUUCAUGAGCAAUCAUACGCUUAUAGCUCUUCUCACAGCUACGUUCGAAAGGUUCGCGGUGAAACAUGAAAGCGAGGAGCAUGUUAAGCUGAUGCAAGAGAGUAGGGAUCUUUAUCAAGAAUUUAAGGAAAUCUUGGGUGAUAACGGUGUGUUUUUGUAUCCAACACAUCCAACAGCAGCACCGUUGCAUCACGAGCCACUGAUUAAACCGUUCAAUUUUUCGUACACUGCAAUUAUUAAUGUGCUAGGGUUGCCAGCCACUGCUUGCCCUUUAGGUUUGAACAAGCAAGGUCUUCCCAUUGGUAUACAGGUUGUCGGUGAUCUGUAUCAAGAUCGUUUAACGAUAGCCGUAGCGGAGGAAUUGGAACGCGGUUUUGGUGGUUGGGUUCCUCCUGCUGUUGUAGCCUGAGUUUUGUCUGUUGGACAAUAAUCUAAUGCAUUGUACGCAAUGUGUACAAUUUCCACCAUACUCUGCCAUUAUUAGUUUUCGACAAACAAUUUACAUCAAGAUAAUUUCAUAACGAGAAAUCAUAAGGUACAGUACAAAACACAUAUGUAUUCAGAGAAGUAGAUGUUCACGUUUACAAUAUUCCAUGUUGACGAUUAUACGCGUAAAGUAUACGUAAUUUGAGAAACAUAGAAGUCACCGUCAGUUUUAUAGUCCACUAUAAAUUGCGUUAUGUCAAGCAUACGGUCAUAGACACAUCGAAUCAUAAAUCGAAAUACGAUUCGAAUCAGAGAACGCAUAGUUUUCAUAACUGCAUAUAUUUAUAUUUAUACAUUGAUGUUGAAAGGUUCUUCUUUUUCUUUUUUGUAACAAAAUUCAGUGUCCACGUAAGUAAUAACAUUUGUACAUAAGCAACCUGUCGCAUUAUAUUUGACUAACGUUUUUUAUAUACCUCAUCUUAGAUCUCUGUGUAGGAUUUUCUAUUUUCAUACAAAUCGAGAAAAAGAGGGGGAGAGUGUGUGUGUGAGGAAAAAAUAAAAAAGGGAAUUAUAAGGUAGCAGGAUGUUUUCGGUAAUGUGAUAAAGUAUUAAAAGAUUCUAUGUUUAUAAUGUAUAUUGAUGUUAAAAUCGUAUACAUAUAUAUUUUAUGUACUAAAAUAAUAAAUUUUUAUUCCAUUAUUUCUACCGUAAUUUCUCUUUUGUUAGCGUCUGAUUAACAUAUGGAUGGAAGACAAAUUAAUAUAUGCAUUUUUCAUAGAGAUGUAGCUUUCCAACUUAAAAUUUAGUUAAUUUAAUGUACUACUAUGCAUUUAUCACGUAUCAAUGUUGAUCUAACAGAUGCUAUGCAGUGCUGUUACUAAUAAUUUAUAUUUUUGUAACGAUAUAACUAAAUUUUAAUUUAUGAUUUGUCAUAGUUCUUCAGUUUUCUAUGUAAAGCAAGACGACCAAAGGAGAAUGUUCCAAAUGGUAAAAUAUAUAUUUAUUUAAAAAUACAGUUCUUAUAGGGGGAGGAUUUAAACAAAAUAUCUGUUAUAUUUAAUAUACUUAAAAUUGUAAAUACACAAUGUUUACAACACUUUUUCAGGUAUAUAAUACGCGUGAUAAGAGAUCCGUAAUUUCAUGAUACAUUUGACAUCAAUAAAUAAUUUAAUACAUAUUUACAGAAUUAAUACGAAUUGUUUAUUGUCGAAACGGUUUUUAAAGGAUAUAUGUAAAAAUGUGUAUGACGAGGAAGAACAUGUUUCUUGCCCCAUAUUCAUAAUUUCACGUGUUUCAAUGAAGUUCAACUUAUUAAUUUACAUUUAUAAGUAUACCGCAAAUUUCAAUUCGCAGUCUAAGUACUUGUUGCAACCUAUAAAACUAUUUGUAAAUUGUGUUUAUUACGCACAAUUAAAAUAAAAAAAAACAAAAAAAAAAAACAAAAAUAAAAAAGGAACCUCCGAGAUAUUCGAGCAACGAGUUCUGCUUUUGUUACAGGUUAAGUACUUUCGAUUAAUAGGAUAAGGAUUGAUUUAAUGCCAUUACCCUCCUUUUAUGUACGUUAUUCGCAUUAAUAUGUAUAUCGUUUGUCUAAUGUGUUAUGACCUAAAUAGGCAGUGGGUUCGAUUUUAUAAAAAUGAAUUCAUGUUUUCACAAGUAUAUCGAGAGAGAGAAAAAAAAUGAAAAAAAAUUUAUGAAUUCGCUAUAUUAAAUGUUCCACUAAUACUUCUACACGAAUUGGUUCAUAAUGUGAAUGUACUUUCUAUUUAUGAGAAGGAAAUAAUAAAAAGCCUCAUGAAUAUAUAAAUACAUUAAAAAUGACGUUCACCAUAUCACAAGGUAUUCCUUAAUGUCUACAAAAAGUGAUCUAUUACGUUUUACCCUAAAACUACCUUGA